CCGAGGACAACGUAGCUGGAGGAGAUCAUCAAUUGCAGUGAAGGAGAGGAGUGCCCGUUGGUGACGAAGAGAUCGAUCUCAUCUAAUUCUGAGCAGGAGCGGCCGGAGAGGAACCAUGACGAUGGACUCCACCGCCUUGCCGUCAGAGCUGCUCGUAACCCCACAGCCGCUUAUUGGCUUCUGUGGGCUGGAUACGGCACGGGUGGCGGUGCACAAAGCCGUUUGGGAGGCGUUCAGUGGCAGUCUGCAGCGUAAGGCCGCCGACAGGGCGGCUGUGCAGUACAAGCUACUGCCCCACAACUAUGAGUUUCCCGUGGCUAAGCCUAAGAGGGCUUCCUACGAGUGGUACCACCCAAAGGGAAUAUUAAAGCGCAACUGGAUGCUAAAGCACUUGCACGUACUGCCUUCCGUGGUGGUGCUGUUUCAGGAUAUGGAGUGGAAUGACCUCCAGUGGACGGAGAAGCAGGUGCAGUGUGCUGGCAUUGUGCAGGCUUUGAAGAACGCUCUGCAGGACCGAAAUACCCGGCUGUGCCUGGUGCUGCUUCAAAAGGCAGCACCGCUUCCACCAGGCGAAGAUCUCCUGGCUGCAGAGCGAGCGGCCAGUCUGACAAACGCCUGUGGCAUAACUAGUAAGAUGCUGUUUAUACUUCCGCAUACUGAGCACCUAACGGGAUACGCACUGCGACUGGAGUCUGCUUUCCUGGACAUGGCGCAGUCCUAUUACGCCCUCAUGUCCAAGCGUAUUCGAAACCAUCGGGAUCAGUUGACGGCGGCUCACACCUCGCUAAAGAUUCGGCACCAGUUCAAGCUUGGAUUCGUGGCGGAGAUGAGGCAGGAUUUCAGCACCGGACAAAAGCACUACUUCCAGGCAUAUGCCAAUCUGGACGAAAUACGCAUCAAUGACGGCAAUUGCUUAGAGAUUAAAACACUGGCAGGGUUCUUAAACUAUAAGAUUUGCCGGCUUAUGUUCAAACUGAAGACUCCCAGAGAUGCCAUCAAUCAGUUUAUCAUUCAUGUGGAAAAGUACAAGUCUCGAGUGGGAUUUAAGGAUCUGGCAUUUGAGCACCAUGCCUGGUUAAGCACGCAACAUUCUGUUUUUGCUGAGCUGUUCUGCGAGGCUAUUAAGAAUGGACUGCCUGCUCUGCAGACACAGCAUCCCGGUAUUUACUACCACAAGGCAGCUGAAUAUGUGAUGAAGCGGCGAGAUUCAGCUCAUGAGGCCUAUGCUGCCAUGCAAUCUUCCACAGAAGUCACUUCCGCAACGAACCAAAAUCCUUUGUCUCUUUACACAGAGUUUUUCGGAAUUCGAGCGGUCAAGACGGGCGAUCUAGUAGCCGAGCAGCAAGCAAACGCGCUGUUAUGUGAUCAAGAGCGGGGCUAUAAUCACUCAUCGGGGAUCAUAGCCCUGCUCAGCCAGGCCAUGGCUCAGUUUAAGAUCUACAAGUGCCUCAGGUUUCGAAAGAAACUAGCUAUUGACAUGGCUGAGGAAUACCUGAAGAGUGGGGAUCACGCUAAGGCCUUGACGUUGUAUUCCUUAAUGCUGCCCGAUUAUCGUCAGGAAAAAUGGUCAACGAUAUUCACUGAUGUUCUGCUAAAGACACUCCGAUGUGCGCUGCUCUCGGGGUCCGUGGCUGACUACAUUGCAUGCAGUGUUGAAGCUCUGUCCCUGCGCCAUCAUGGCGAGCAAGCGGAGCGAAUUUUCCUGAUGGAGAACCUGUGGCAGGUGUUUCAGGGCGUGCCACCCAUGCCGAAAACUCAGUUGGCGCCUGAAGCGCAGGCGUUGUGGUCCAGUUCACUGGCAAGCGUAAAAUCGCCUAUUCAAAUUGAUUUAGAUAAGGUCAGUGAUGUAGUGGAAAUGUGUGCGACAUUUGAGCAAGUUCAGCUGAACAACGACGACUUGCUGCAAUUGCAACUUAUCGUGCGUGUGCUUACGGAUGUACCGUUUAGGAUUCGCAGUUUCCAUGUCAUUCUAGCCGAUGCGGCUAAUCCGCAGAACAGCUACAAACUGGAGGCACUGAAGUAUUUCUGCUUUCCUAGCCUUACGCAGUUGCGCGGUCAGAAGCAGUCUCAGGAAGAGCAGUUGGAGAAGCUGCAGCAGGAGCCCAAGAACUUCGAGAAGAACAUGAGAUUGGAGCCCGGUUCUUAUUACCAGCUAUUCUGCAGCACCGAAGCCCAGCAAUUCCACGAAAACACGCAAUUACGAAUUGUUCGCCUGGAGGCCCACAUGGGUACUGACCAAGUGGCCGCCUUACUCACGUGCAGUUCAAACUACUCACGACAGCUGUUCCGGCAUCACACGCGCAGCCGUGAUCUAGAUGACAACGUGACGAUCAAUCCCAUUUGCUACAUUGCGCCCACCUUUCAUUUGGACACGCAAACGAACCUUGGCCAUGGACAUGGUCUCGGUGUGGAUGAGGAAUCGAAUGUGGUGCCUACGAAAAUGCUGGUCAACGAGUACUAUCCUGUUGUGACCACCGUCAGCAAUCCCUAUAAUGUCUAUCUGCAGAAUGUGGGCGUUCACAUUAGUGUCCCCGUGGGACUGAGAAAUAGUGUAUUUCUUACCACGGACAUCUCACCGGGACGGCAGAAGCUGCAUUCCCAAAUCCAAAUAGACGUGGGCGAGCUGUCCGCCCACGGAGGCAACACAGCAACCUAUUACAUUUUCAGCAUGGCUGAGACGGAGAUUAAACUGCAACAAAGAUUGAGCUACACUUUGGAUGUGGAUCGAGGUUCAGGGGGAGCAGGAAGCAAUGCACGAGUGAGCACUGCUCCAAACAGUUCGGAAUCCACACCCGAUCACGAGGUGAAGAGUGUAGCUCAGAUCCUGUCUGCCAUUUCUCCGGUCCAGAUCGAGUACCUGGAUGAGACGCGAUUGCGAAAGUCCAGGGAGGAUACGCUUACAGUGCGAUGCUACGGAGACUUUAAGUUCACCGCUCGCUUCUACACGCUGGACAGAAAGCCUUUGAACCAGGCUUACCGUGGCGAGAAUUUUCUUCUGAGAGCCAACACUGAAGUGGUAGCCGUAGACGAUGUGGAGAUACUGGACAGCUUCUUUAUAUGUGAUCACAACCUAGUGCAAUCAAACUACAGCUUUAAGCGAAAGAAAUAUACUAACAAGUACAGCGCUGGCGAGCAGCUGGAGAGCGUGAUAGUCCUCCGAACGAAUGCCACUCUGCGGGACUGGACUACUGCCCGGGAUUUGGAUCAACGCGGCAAGCUUGAGGGCAAAGCGGUGGCCAGCAAGUUCAUCAGACCUGUAGUCAAACUCUCCGCAGAGGAAACUCUUGCUCCCACGCCGCCAGCCGGUAUUAGUGCCUACAUGAGUAAGAGUCUGGUGACCAAGAUACCUACCACCAUGACCAUCAUCAACAGCAAUUCAGCAGUGUCCAAUGCCCUACAAGUAGCCAAUGCAGGUGUGAUGACCAGCUCGAUGCAGUCCGAUGAAGUCAAUGUGGCUGAGGAAGCAAUAAACACCCAAGAGGGUAUAAAAACCAGCCGACUUAUAUACAACAAGGCCUUGGAAGCUGUCCAAGGAACGGGUCAUUGUCGUGGUUUCAUUAAAGGUAUAUACACACUGGAAGGAAAUCCUUCGACUGUGCCUAUUUUUGGUGUAUUCUGCAUUCGCUGGCGAAGGGCUAAUGGUAAGGAGGAGAACGAGUCUAAGUUUGUGAUCAGUGGCUUGGAUAUUGCGGAGCCGCCGCUGAAUAUCUACUGCACCGUCGAGGAGAAAAUGUUUGUAAAAAUGCCCAUGGCUUUCAAGGUGGUACUGAAAAAUCCCACUACGCAUGUGCUUCACCUGAUAGCCAACCUGAGUAUCAGUAAGACGGAUAACUUUAUAUGCUCCGGUCACAAGCAGCUGGACAUCUCUGUAAUGGCGUACGAAGAGAAAGAACUGGUGUACAACCUGUAUCCCCUACAAGUGGGCUGGCAAGAGUUGCCAGUGCUAAGCCUAGAGUACAAUACCAAGGCGGAUCCGCAAAAGAACGAUAGCCAAAAUGCCUUGCUCGAUGAACUGGUGCAGCGUGCACUGCCCAAACGAGUGUUUGUGCUGCCACCUCUGAAGCAACAGAACAAGUAGGGAAAGAACAGUGAUGAUACCGCUUUAGUUUAAGUGUUUUAAAGUUUACAAAUACCACUGGUGUGUAAAAAUUAACUACGCCUACUCCCUCUUUAUUGCUAGCAACAAACAUACAUACAUAAAUAGCUAUAUUUAGAGAGUUACAUAGCAUAAUACUUGAGAGUGUGUGUGAUUGUAUUGUAUAAUGUAUUGUUAAACGGGCCAAGAUGCACUCGACAUUCUUGUUAGUUGAUUACGGCGUUUUAGAUAAGCUGUGCUAAGUCCUGGUCAGUACCGCAAGUUGCACAUAUUUUCGUACAUCCUUUGAACGUACAGUAAUAAAUAAAAAGCAAACAAAUAU